AUGGGUUCAUCUGGGUCUAAAAUAGCAGGACGAGCAGCAGAAACUGGUGCUGGAACAGUCAAAAGACAGUUGGGAGCCACUCCAUCCACAUAUAUUCCAUCCAAUAAUUCAGUAUUGGCAGCUAGGGCUCAGCAACAAACUGCAUCUGACAGUGACUACAGUAUGAAAAUAGCAGAGCAACAAAAAAUAGACGGGGAUGAGCAAAAGGAGCAUCAAAAGAUGGUAGAUGCGUUCCAUCAGCUGCAUGCAACAGUGGAUAAGCGAGCAAUCCCUACUAUUGGAUAUUCCAAGCACAAUGAGAUGUUGAAUAUUUUGCACAAGCGACAAAGCUCGGAUGCAGUAAAUAGGUUGUCAGAGCAAGCCAGAGAAAAGAUAAGACAGGAGCAAAAGGAACACAAGGCAUCUAUUAUGUCUAUUUAUCGCAUGCUCAAGACUAGACACUCUGGUGCGAGUAAUGUUCCAUGGAACACCGAUCAGGCAAGAGCAGAUCUAGGAUGGAGAAAUGGAUCUGGCAGCGAAGAGAUUCAAGCAAUGAUAAAAUACUACAAUACAGCUGAACCUAUUAUGCUAGCAGGAGAGGGAUCAGAAGUGGUCGAGGCAGUAUGGGUAAAGCCCAAGUAUUAG